UAGUGAAUCUCCAAUCAAUUUCAAUCACCUCAUUUUCAUGGAAGAGACAAAUAAUCAGAUAAAGCAUUUCUUAUCUGCUUACACAUCACAACAGUGCUUAUAUAAAAUUCAAAAUCAAGCAUGUUCCCCCCAUUCCAGUCACAUCUUCCAACAAAGUAAUUACUGAAAUUAAUAUAAAAUAUUGUAAAUGUCUUCUUCUAAAGCGGUGGAAAAUAAAAUAAAAGAUUGAAAUCGUAAUUUCACUUUUCUUUUUAGAAAUUAGGGUUUCAACUUUCAACUCACCCGCCAAAUUCACACAUCGAACCAAAAAAAAAACCCUUUUCAGUUCUCACAAUCGCAAUUGAAUCUGCAUGAAUCGGAUCUCAAUCCGAUUCCCCAUUUCCGAAUCGGGUCCCGAAAAUCUUCGCCACCACCAUUGCUACCUUCCAUGGCAUCGAAGUCUCCGCCUCCACCUUCCCCGUUAUCUUCUUCUAGAUCCAACCCUCCUCUCGAUGCUUCCACUAAGAAAUUGGAAGACGCAAGUCCUGCAGUAAAAGAUGUGUUAUCGGUUAUCGAAUCUUUGAAGAAACAAGUCGCUGCGAAACGAGUUGUUACUGUUAAGAAUAGAGUGGAGGAAAAUAGACAGAAGCUGAUUGGUAUCACGAAUCAGCUAUGGAAAUCGUCGGAUGAGAAAAGGACGUGUGGCAUUGCUGAUGGUGGUAAUAGAAGUCUGGACUUGCUGUCUAAGAGGCAAAAAGAAGCAAUUGAUGCGCUCAAUGGUGUUGACGAUGAUAGGGAGAGCAAUGGUUACGAUGGAGAUGACCAUGGUUCUACGGCAGUUCUUCUAGGGUCUAAUGUUGCUGUAAAGAACGCUGUUCGGCCUAUCAAAUUACCUGAAGUGAAAAGAUUGCCUCCUUACACUACAUGGAUAUUUUUGGACAGAAAUCAAAGAAUGACAGAGGAUCAGUCAGUUGUUGGUCGGAGGCGAAUUUAUUAUGAUCAAACUGGUGGCGAAGCACUUAUUUGCAGUGACAGUGAGGAGGAACUAAUUGACGACGAAGAGGACAAAAGAGAGUUUGUAGAACCAGAAGAUUUUAUACUUCGCAUGACUAUCAAAGAAUAUGGUUUAUCUGAUGCUGUUUUGGAGUCGCUGGCUCAGUGUUUUUCUAGAAAAACUAGUGACAUUAAGGCCAGAUAUGAAACUUUUUGCAAUGAAGACAAUGCUGGUGAGGAUUCUAAAAAUGGAGAUACACAAGAUAAUUUCCAAAUCGACAAUUCUUUUCUGGAAAAGGAUCUUGAAGCGGCUCUUGACUCUUUUGACAACCUCUUUUGCCGCCGAUGUCGUGUUUUCGAUUGCAGAUUACAUGGAUGCUCUCAGGAUCUUGUCUUCCCGGCUGAGAGACAACCUUCGUGGAGUCCUCCUAAUACUGAAAAUGCACCAUGUGGACCAAAUUGUUUCCUAUUGGCACUUAAGGCAGAAAAAAUGGCCAAAGCCGCAUCUUCUACUCAGACCGAUGUUGAAGACAAAUCCCCUGGAAGUGCACUAUCUAGGAAAAAAUCUUCUGGUAGAAGGCGGAUAAAAUGCACCCAAAGUGAAAAUGCUUCAUCUAAUGCUAAGAACAUAUCUGAGAGUAGUGACUCAGAGAAUGGUCCUGGACGGGAUGCUGUUUCAGCCUCCCACUCAGCCCCACCUAAAACUAAACUAGUGGGGAAAAGUGGAAUUGGCAAGAGAAACAGUAAGCGAGUGGCAGAACGUGUUCUAGUUUGCAUGCAAAAACGGCAGAAGAAAACUGCUGCUUCUGAUUCUGAUUCCAUUAGUGAAGCACCGGACCGCUCAUUGAAUGAUAUGGUUACUGACUCACAUGUCAUGAUUGGGGAAGACAACAUGAGGAAAGAAGAGUUUGUGGAUGAAAACAUUUGCAAACAAGAAUUGACAGAUAAUAAAUCUUGGAAAGCUCUUGAAAAAGGGCUUUUGGAAAAAGGAAUGGAAAUUUUUGGCAAAAACAGCUGCUUAAUAGCCAGGAAUCUCUUAAAUGGUCUAAAGACAUGUUGGGAUGUUUUCCAGUACAUAAAUUGUGAAGAAGGGAAGUUGUCUGGUUCUACUGGGGAUGCCACUAAUUCUCUUGUAGAAGGCUAUUCUAAGGGUAAUAACGAAGUGAGAAGAAGAUCAAAAUUUUUACGAAGAAGAGGAAGAGUCCGUCGUUUAAAGUAUUCCUGGAAAUCUGCUGCUUAUCAUUCAUUCAGGAAAAGGAUUACAGAGAAAAAGGAUCAGCCCUGCCGACAGUAUAAUCCAUGUGGAUGUCAAUCAGCUUGUGGAAAGGAGUGUCCUUGUCUUUUAAAUGGAACCUGCUGUGAGAAGUACUGUGGAUGCCCCAAGAGUUGUAAAAAUCGAUUUCGUGGCUGUCAUUGUGCGAAGAGUCAAUGCAGAAGUCGUCAAUGUCCAUGCUUUGCUGCAGAUAGGGAAUGCGAUCCAGAUGUUUGUAGGAACUGUUGGGUCAGCUGCGGCGAUGGCACUCUUGGGACUCCUAGUCAAAGAGGGGAUAAUUAUGAAUGUAGAAACAUGAAGCUUCUUCUCAAACAGCAGCAAAAGGUUCUUCUUGGACGGUCUGAUGUGUCUGGCUGGGGGGCCUUCUUAAAGAAUAGUGUUGGUAAGCAUGAAUACCUUGGAGAGUAUACUGGAGAGUUAAUUUCACACAGGGAAGCAGACAAGCGAGGAAAGAUAUAUGACCGUGAAAAUUCAUCUUUUCUCUUUAAUCUGAAUGAUCAGUUUGUUCUUGAUGCUUAUAGAAAGGGUGAUAAAUUGAAGUUUGCAAACCACUCUCCUGUUCCAAAUUGUUAUGCGAAGGUUAUUAUGGUUGCUGGAGAUCAUAGGGUAGGAAUAUUUGCCAAGGAACGGAUUAAUGCUGGGGAGGAGCUAUUUUAUGAUUACCGCUAUGAGCCCGAUAGAGCUCCUGCUUGGGCUCGGAAGCCAGAGGCACCUGGAUCAAAAAAAGAAGACGGUGCUCCUUCAAGUGGUCGUGCAAAGAAGCUUGCUUAAUGGUAGUUUGUUUAAAAAAUCAAAAACCAUUCUUUUAGGUAUUCUUUGACACAUAGAGAAAGCAGUUUCAUUGAUAGCUGAAAGAAUUAUUUAUCGAGUUCUUUUGUUCAAAGCAAGGCCAUACAAUAGAAUAGGUAAAAUUACAUUUAUACAUUCAUUUUGGCAUUAGUUAACUGUAUUCGAUAUCCCAGAUGGAUAUUACAGUCUUGUUUAGUCAAAAUUCCAUGCAAUCCUUUCCUGAAAGGGAAAUGGGCAAAUACAUAUCAGUGGAAGACUUCAUUUAGUUUAUCAUCUGAAUUAGAAAAUUAUACAAAUUUUACAGGUCAAAUUCCUGAUAGUUUA